AGAAAUUUAGAUACUUCCGCUCUAUUUUGGGUUCGCGCAUGCGCGAAAAACGAGGGACAAACAUUGCCAUUUUGUCCCUCUUCCGCUUGUUAGAAUCGUAGCGCGGUUUCGGAUAUUUUAACACGAUGCCAGCUAAACACUGUGCGUAUGGGAUCUGCCGAAGUGACAACCGCUAUACGGAUAGGCCUGACAUGGCAGGGAUCCAUUUUAUUUUGUUUCCUAAGUUUCACAAGCAGCCUGAGAAGUGUACAAGGUGGGUUCGCGCCUGUCGUCGAGAGGGCUUUACGACGGACAAGGUCAACAAGUACACCUACAUAUGUUCAAAGCACUUUAUCGGCGGGAAUGGUCCUUCACUUGAACAUCCCGAUCCUAUCCCGGCAACAUAUACAUUUGAUCAGGUGGUGAAAUUUUCUAAGAAAAGAAAGAGCCCUGUGGAGAGAUGUCCCCUUCCAUGUAAGGUAUCCAGGUUGGAGCCCACUUCUACAGCAGGUGAUGGCCUAUCUUUACUUGCAGUGUGUGCAGCUGACCACCCAUACACCUCUAGAAAGCACCUGGAGUGGCAGGAAACAGUCAAUACUGAAUUGGAACAGAAUGUCUGUGCUACUGGUGCUGACAUAGAAGAGGCUACCUUGACUGAGCUCAGGUCCAGUGAUGCUGCCUGCCAAGCAAUGCCAACAACGAAGCAUGAGUCCAAUCAGACUGAGUUUGUGUGUUCCAGCAUUCUGGUAUCUAAAAUUUAUGAAAAGAUGACAGCACAAGUCCCUGAUUCAGAUUGUGAAAUAAGCAGGGAUCUUGACAACAAAAGCUGUGAUUUACUAUUUAAUAAUUUGGUAUCUAAUAAGAAGAAAUUCAAGUACUAUACUGGCAUGAAAACUGUUCAUUUUAAUCAUCUUUUUGCUUCCCUUGGUGACAGUGUAAAUGACAUCUGUUACUGGCGUGGAAAUAAGAUAAGUUCCAGUAAACCUGGCAAGUGCCGGGUUUUAUCAAUCGAAGACCAGCUUGUUUUGACACUUGUCAGAUUAAGGAGAAACUUUCCAACAAAAGAUUUAUCCUAUAGAUAUAACAUCAGUGUCGGUUCUGUUUCCUGUAUCAUUACCACUUGGAUUCAGUUUCUGUACAUGAAAUUUAUUACUUUGAAAGAUCACAUCUUUCCUUCUAGACAUCUUAUCAGGAAAACAUUGCCAUCUGUGUUUAAAAGCUUCAAAAACAUCAGAGUUAUUGUUGAUUGUUUCGAAGUGUUUUCUGAGCGACCAAGUGAUUAUGGUGAGCAAGGUAACAUGUACUCUCAGUACAAAACUCACAACACCUUGAAAGUUUUACUUGGAAUUUCUCCAACUGGUGCUGUUACAUUUUUGUCUGAUGCAUAUGAAGGUAGCAUAUCAGACAGAGAUAUUAUCAGGAAAUCAGGCUUUCUGGAAAAAAUUAACCCCGGUGACUUGAUCUUAGCCGAUAGAGGCUUCAAUAUCAAAGAUCUCCUCAUGAGCCGUAGAGCACAUUUGAAUAUUCCUCCAUUUCUAGGCAAAAGGGACAAGCUGACUCCUCAAGAAGAUAUCUUGACUCGAUCUAUUGCUAGAACAAGAAUACAUGUGGAGAGAUCAGUGGGAAGGUUGAGGGAGUAUCGUAUAUUAAACACAGUUAUUCCUCUUUCAAUGAAACACUUAGCGUCCCAGAUAGUUUUUGUUAUAGGAAUGCUUUCCAACUAUCAGCCACCACUUGUUAAAUAGGGCAUUAGCCCAUUACCAUGAUUGAAUUUAUAAUACAUGUGAUAGGAGGUACGAUAAUUCUAGUCCGAGUAGUUGUCGUUAUCGGCUGAUUAUUUUUCAAUAUCUCAUAAAUACUACUUUUUUUUUACAAUAAAAAGCGCACUAAAACAUGUACAUCAUGAACCAAGUCAUCACUCAGCAUCUAUCGCCAGGUUCCAUUUGCGAUGCCAUAUAUCGGUGAUCAAUCAUGACUUGUCACUACCUGCAUCAAGAAAUAAUAACAAAGAGUAAUAUUGCGCGUCAAAUUUUUAUUGACACCUCAUGUAUAUGUCCACGGCUGGCGCUGGUGAACAAUUUUAGACUCAUGUCUGUUUCAGUUUUCACUGCGUCCUUAUCAAAUAGCUACUAAUUAGUUAAUCAGUUUUAUUUUUGUGAAUGUAGAUGUUUGAAUCAUUCACAAUUGUGAUCUGUUCUGUGUCAUAAUGUUCAUACAUAUUAUCCCAGAAAAUCGUUUUUGGAAUCAUGCUAAACUUUCUUCAAAGACAUGCAGCCAUCAUCAUAUGAGCUUUGAACCACUUUAAUAUUUAACAGCAUUGUUGGCUGUAGUACUUCACCUGUGUUAUUACAUGUCCCUGAAGGUGAGAUGUAUCGUCAUAACUGUUAUUAGAAUACAAGGUAUUACAAUUAUUUCACUGUUUAUCAAGGUAUUUUUCCCAACAACUGCAGCAUGUAUUGGAAUGAUCAUUUGAACAUGGUAUUGUUGUACAAAUUGAUAUGUCUGUCCUGGGAACAGGCCUGAAACAUUGACCCAGUCUCCGUAUAGGAGGUAUGCACACUUUUGUACAGCGUGAAUAAUUGACAUGUCAAGACUACAAGAGUAAACAUUACGGAGGUAUCACUCAGCGAGAAGUAUGAUUCGUGGUUAUAUUAAAAAAAAUACACACUCACAACCAUUGUUUCAAUUGUAACAGUAUCUGCAUGUCUCCACUGAUCUAGUUUAUGAUAAAAUAAUAUUCCAACAAUGUAACUAUUACUUUGAAAAUAGUAAUAAUGAAAAAUAUUAAUAACAUUACCGCUGUAGAUAUGCAAAACAUUUUUAUGCCUUUCAGCCCAACCAUUUUGUCACCGCCAUAAUUGUUUGUUAAACUCUAAACAAUGAAAAAUAUGUUCUGAUUGUGUCAACUUAGUACUUCUUGUUCCUUGAAAACAAUAAAUGUUUCAGGAAGUCAUUACUGGUUUUGUUUUCAUGAUAUGAUUGUUUCUAUUACAUAUUAUGUAUUUUAAACUCAAAUGUGUCCUUUUCUCCUUCCUGAUUCUGAAGGUACCACAUGCAAUUUUGAAUCUUCGUUACAUAUGUACGAUUUAUGACAGUACAUGUACUUGCAUCAGUAAGUAGUUAUGCGACAAAAUCUCUUCAUGCUGUGUUGAUCAAAGUUAACUUGUAUCCACAUUUGUGAAAUACUUAGUCCAUGAAGUAUAAAAAUAAUUACAAAUGACAGUACUUCACAUUUUUGGUAAUUUACAUGGUUGUAAAUCGAGGCAAAUAAACACUGCAGAAAUCUAAAAUUGGUGUUUUUUAGUUAUCAAAUGUAUUCGUAAGAACAUAACUUGAAUACAGUUAGUUGCUUUGCUAAAGCUGUACACCAUGCAUACUAGUUAUUAACUUUCAUCAUUCUCACAUUGCAUAUGUACAAUUAGAAGUGAAAAAAUGUUGAAAUGUUUACUAGCUUGAAUAAUGAGAACAAGUACUAGCCCUCACCAUACUAACUGGGAGCAAAGGUGUUUCACUUUCUUUAUGAAUGCAGCACAAGAAAAAUAUUCACCAUAAGUGUGGUACGAUAUGGAGCUCACCUAGUAUAAUGUCAAGUUUACACAUGAAGUAUAUUGUACUAAUAAUCAUGACAACCUCACAGGGAUACACUGUACAGUGUAUUAAAAAAAAGCUGAAUUAUACACAGGGAUGUGAGCAGGUUUUCCCAAAAGAGGAAAAUUCUAGGGGGUCUGGGGGCAUUCCCCCCCCCCCCCCCCAGAAAAUUUUUAAACAUUUGAUUGCAUUUUAAGCAAUUUCGUGCAGUUUGGACAACAUUCACACCAAGAAAUGUAAAAAGUCAAUGGCAAAAGUCAAUAAGUCAAAUAAACAAGACGGCAGAUGCAGUAAAAUUUCGAAAUAAUACAUCAUGUGAUUCAGUUCUAUGAUCAAAGUAAUGUUGAAGUGAAUAAAUGUAACACACUGACCAUUAA